AUGCGUUUUUCCAAGAUCCUUGCGUCCGCCUCAUUGACCGGGCUAACCGUUGCGUCUCCUCUGGGCCACGAGCACGCUGAACACAAGCGUGACGUCGUGUACGUUACCAAUGUCCAGACCACGACUGUCGAGGGCAGCGCUCCAUUGUCUGUUGGUGGCGCGUCGACUACUGUCGCCGUUGACGCCUCCAACACUGUCGCGCAGCAGGCUGCUGCGGGCACUUUGUCGUUGUCGGAGGUGUCAAGAGUCGGUGCUGCUCCAUCGUCUGCGGUGAGCACGACGACUUCUCCUGCGGCCGUAGCCUCUUCCGGUUCUGGUUCCGCUCCAGCUUCGUCGUCGCAAUCGUCGUCUUCGUCUCAGGCCUCCUCGUCCUCUGGGCCCUCCGUCGGCUCCGGUGGCGCCAAGGGUAUCACCUACACUCCUUACUCCGACUCUGGUGCUUGCAAAGCUGCGUCGGAAGUCGCGUCGGAUCUCGCGUCUUUGACCGGGUUCGACAUCAUCAGAUUGUACGGCGUCGACUGUGACCAAGUCGCCAGCGUCUUGCAAGCCAAAAAAUCUAACCAAAAGCUGUUCUUGGGUAUCUACUACGUCGAUGCGAUCGACUCUGGUGUCUCUACUAUCCAGUCUGCCAUCGAGACCUACGGCUCUUGGGACGACGUCUACGCUGUCAGCAUUGGUAACGAGUUGGUUAACUCCGGCGCUGCCACCGUUUCCCAGGUCGGUUCUUAUAUCCAGCAAGGUAGAUCUGCUUUGAGCAGCGCCGGCUAUAACGGUCCUGUCGUUUCCGUCGACACUUUCAUCGCCGUCAUUAACAACCCAGGCUUGUGUGAAUACUCCGACUUCAUGGGUGUCAACGCUCACGCUUACUUCGACUACAACACCGCAGCUCAAGACGCUGGUACUUGGGUCCUUGAACAAAUCGAAAGAGUCUGGGGCGCUUGCAACGGUAACAAAAAGGUCUUGGUCACCGAGAGUGGCUGGCCAUCUCAGGGCGAGACUUACGGUAAGGCCGUGCCAUCCAAGUCUAAUCAAGAAGCCGCUGUUUCGUCUAUCAAGUCCAACUGUGGUGACUCCGUUAUCUUGUUUACUGCUUUCAAUGACUUGUGGAAGAGUGACGGUUCUUACGGUGUCGAGAAAUACUGGGGUAUUUUCUCCUCCAACUAA